UACAGAGAAGAAGGUGAGUGAAAUAGAGAAAAAGCGAAAACAGAAAUCAGAAGAGAGGGAGAAGAAGCAAUCCUACGAGGAGAGAGAGAGGUAGAGAGGAAUGACAAUGGACAGAGAGAAGGAGAGAGAGGUUGAGCUAGAGAGCGCAAUGUACACCAACUGUUUGUUAUUAGGGCUCGAUCCAGCGAUCAUCGGUGUGGGAGGCAACAAUGGUACCCCUCGAGUUGGGCUUUUCCGCCAUUCCAACCCUAAAUUGGGUGAGCAGCUUCUUUAUUUCAUAUUAUCUUCACUGAGAGGUCCAAUUCAAUCCGCUAAGGAUUUCGAUAAAGUUUGGCCGAUCUUCGAUUCUGCCCAGUCCCGCGACUUUCGUAAGGUUGUGCAGGGGAUUAUAAAUGAGCUCGAAUCACAGGGGGCCCUUCCUAGAAGCAAUUCAAGGGUUUCUUCACUCGCAACUUGUUGUGGGCCGAGAUUUGUUGAGCUUUUAUGGCAGCUUUCUUUGCAUGCUUUACGAGAGGUUCAUAGAAGAACAUUUGCGGCAGAUGUAGCUUCUAAUCCAUUGCCUGCUUCAUUGACAGAUGUAGCAUUUUCACAUGCAGCUACAUUGCUUCCUGUGACAAAGGCUCGGAUUGCACUUGAACGAAGGAGGUUUCUUAAAAAUGCAGAUACAGCUGUCCAUAGACAAGCCAUGUGGUCGAACCUGGCUCAUGAAAUGACUGCUGAAUUUCGUGGUCUUUGUGCCGAAGAGGCUUAUUUACAGCAAGAGUUGGAAAAACUACAGGACUUGAGGAACAAAGCAAAGUUGGAAGGGGAACUAUGGGAUGAUCGCGUCCCUGGUUCCUUGGGUCAGAAUUCACAUUUAGUCUCCAAGGCAACUCGUCUGUGGGAGUCUUUAUUAGCUCGCAAGAGUCAACAUGAAGUUCUUGCUUCAGGCCCUAUUGAGGACUUGAUAGCUCAUCGUGAGCAUAGGUACCGCAUCUCUGGAUCAUCUUUGCUUGCAGCUAUGGAUCAAAGUUCCCAGGUUCCCUAUACUGAUAUUUUGUCUAUUCAACCUGGUGAUCCAAGUUCAACACAUGCAGAUGAUAGAGAACCGGUAGAUGGGCCAUUUAUCAAUGUCAAUAGGGAAAAACAGAAAAACAGUGUAGAUUCAACUCAUCUACAAGCAAAUAAUGAAACCUAUUCUCGAGUGGAUGAUAGAAGUGGAAGAGUCCAUCCUGUCGUUGACAUAGCAGAAGUUCUCAGGCGUUGGACACAUGCUUUACAGCGUAUUCAUAAACAGUCACUUAAUCUGGCCAAGGCCAACGAUGGAGAGGGUCCAGAACUUCUACGAAGUGAUCAUGAUGAAGGUACUGGUGGCCAUGCUGAAUCUUUAGCAGCAACACUUGCAGAACAUCGGCAACAUUUAGCUAGCAUACAGGUGCUCAUUAAUCAACUCAAGGAAGUUGCUCCAGCAAUAAAAAAAUCAAUUUCAGAGCUCACAGAAGAAGUGAACAAUAUUUCAUCCACUCUACCUCCCAUGGCUACAUACUAUGGCAGAUCUAAUUCACCCAUCCAAGCUCAAAGUAGUGGAAGGACAGUGGAAAACAGCAUUGCUGAAGUCGCUGAGGUGACUUCAAAACUUUCUACUGUUCAGAUUGAAAAAGUUCCGGCCACUUCUCCUGCUUUGAAACUCCCACAGUUAUUUAGUCUAACCUCAAACUCAACUGGUAGAAGUGCAAAUCUGCAAAAACGGCAUGCUUUAGCUCCUCAAGCAAGUCAAAUGGAGAAUUUGUCUGAAGGGAAAUCUCUGAACCAGCCUUUGUUUAAUAAUCAUGUAGAUAAUUCACCACAAGAAAGUGAUAGUAACUAUGUCCAGAACUUGAGGAGAUCUGUUCGGGAAGCUGCUCUUUCAAUGCCUACUGUACAAUUAUGCAAUACAGGCUCACGGGAGAGUAAUGCCAAUGAUAGCUCAGAACAUUUCUUUGUACCCCUUUCAGCGAGUUCAUUUUCUUCUGUUGGCCUAGAAACCAAAUCAGUUCCAACCAAGAAUAAACAACUUGUUUCUCCACCAGACGCCUGCUUGCUUAAGAAUAGUGCUUCCAUUAGCCAUGAUGGGAGCAAGUAUGAAGAAAUGCCAAACAUGUUGAUUGAAACUGAUUUUGAUGACCAUGUUAAUGGGGUUCUUUCAGUUUCUGGUUCAAAUUACGGUAUUUCUGAUAUCCAAAAGACAUUUUAUGACUUGGAAGAUACUCAGGAUCAGGUCUUCUCUCCUCCGUUGCUAAUGGAGACAUCACUCUUAGAAGAUUCAUACGAGGAUUUGCUUGCUCCAUUGUCUGAAACAGACACAGCCUUAAUGGAACGUUGAGGCUGAGCUUGGACCUGGUAUCUAUGAUGGGCUUGGGAAGCAUCUCAAUCAAUUCGAGUACAAACUGCAGUAACAGUUAGGUGCAAUCGGUUAUGCAGUGAUAUUGUUCAUCUCUUGUCAUUGGUUUUUGUAUUACUUAUUGUUUGUAUUAUUUUAUUCUAAAUGCCAUUAUCUCCGUUUAUCUUCUCCAUACUAAUGAACAAGAAAUUUUAAAUUGUCCUAUUUUUGAAGCUACAACUGUAAUUACACUGGUGUACAAGGGAGCAUGGACUAACACUUGGCUUCCAUCUAUAUCUCCUGGGUCUUAAAGCCAGCCUGGAUCAGAUGUUUUGACUGGCUGACCGCCUGACCCAUCACAUUUGUCUAUUAAUGUGAACCAAAAACAGGGAUGAUAACGUCUGAGUUUUGUUGGUUCUCAAUCCCUUGGGCCUGGGUGAGUGGGUGAUCUGAUAGGUGGAAAUUUACCGCACCUACUGAGUCGAUUCGGAUUUAUUUUUUUGCUGUUGAAAACAACUGAUACCCGAACAGCGAUUAUUAGGUAAGUAGCCGGUAUCCAAAAGAUGGUUUCUUACUCCAUUUGAAUUGUACUGCACCUAGUGGAAAUUGGAAGCUUUUUAUCUGCGUUUAUAAUCUAAUUCUCCACCUUUGGCA